AUGAAUUCAAAUACUGUAUGUAUUGGUGUUACUGGUCGCACGGAUGAACUUGGUCGUGCUCUUUUCAAAAAUUGGUCUCAUGCCAAUCAAAACGUUGAAUUUGUUUCAUUCAAAGGUGAUAUUAAAAAUCAAUCUAAUGUCAACGAUUGGCUUUGUUAUAUACCUAAACAUAAUGAUCUUUUACAUUUUGCUGCGAUGGUUCCAACUAGUGACGUCGACAAAGAUCCAUUGAAAGCAUUUCGUGUCAAUAUUCUUGGAACUUUAAAUCUCUUAGAAACUUGUCGUUUGAACUUUACGAAAAAAGUAUGUUCAUGGAUCUUUAUUGCGUCAACUUCACAGAAACAAUUUGUAACGGAGACAUCACCAUUAAGUCCAGUUUCUACUUACGGUGUAACGAAAGCAUAA